AUGUCAGACCAGCAGCUUCUUGGGAUUGUCAUCCUCAGCCGCCACGGCGAUCGCACUCAAUACUACCAAAACCCAACCAACUACACCUCGACCGAAACCGCCAUCACACCCCUCGGCGAACGCCAAAACUACAAACAAGGCAGUUUUGUGGCCUCGCGGUACCUCAACGCUUCUUCCGAUCACUAUAUCCAGGGUAUUGCGGAGGUUGCGAAUGUGGAUCAGUUGGAUGUUAAGGCUGACGCGGGAGGAGAGGGGAAUGUGGUGUUGUUGAGUGCGUAUGCGUUUUGGGAGGGGGUUUAUCCGCCGACGACGAGGGAGAAUAUCACGUUAGCGAAUGGGACUACGGUUACGUCGCCUUUGGGUGGUUACCAGUAUGUUCCAGUGACUACCAUUGUUGAGACUGACUCGCCUAUGCUCGAACCAUGGACCUCGUGCCCCGCCUUCACCAAGAACCUGAACUCUUUCUACGCCUCCUCCUUCUUCUCCGACAAAUCCACCGAAUCCGCAGAUUUUCGAUCCAACCUCACCUCUUACGUCGGCGGGCGUAACACCUCCCUCAUCAACAUGUACAACACCUUCGACUACAUGAACGUAAACUCCAUCCACAAUGCAACCUACCUCGACUCCCUCCCGGACACCUUCCUCGCCCAAACCCGCGAUCUCGCAAACUGGCACGAGUAUUACUCUUUCUCGUCUCCCGCCCCGGGCGGUAUUGGGAAUAUCGCGGGACGUACCCUGAUGCCGAUGAUCAUGGAUUCGAUGAAUGACAUUGUGAACGACGAUAUCAAGAUCGCGCAUUACGCCUUCGCCUACAAGCCGUUUAUCUCAGUCUUCAACAUGACCGGCGCGGACUCAUCUGCCGAAGACAUCAAGGGCAUCGUCGACUACGCCUCCCUCGCCGUCUUCGAGCUCUGGGGUACGUCGAGUGACAACUCCUCCGUCACCGUCAACUUCCUCUUCAAGAACGGAACGGAUGAUGAUAGGCCUCUGACUCAGUAUCCGAUUCUGGGGGCACAGAAUGUGACUUUCGAGAGUUUUGUGAAUACGAUGGAGCCGUAUGGGAUUCCGACGUUGAGGGAUUGGUGUACGACGUGUAACCAGACGUCUUCGACGAUGGGGUGUGAUCUUUACUUCACUUCUGACUCAUCUUCUACUGCGACGACGUCUUCGGAUAAGAACUGGUCUGGUGCUGUGAGCCCCGUUGCGGCUGGGUUUAUCGGUGCGGUCGUUGCGUUGGCUGUUGCGGCGUUAUUGGCUGGAAUCUGGGGAUUCAUCAUUGCGCCGAAGAGGAGGAGAGCGGUCGUCUCUGCAUAUGCGCCGAGUGAGAGCAGUAUGAGGCAGGAAGAUACCAUUCACUUGAGUGAGAUGGGCAAGCGUUGA